AUGGAUAUAUCCAAAUCUGUUACUAAUAAUGUUGUUUACAAUGCAGAGAAUCCUGCCCAAUCAAUGCUAUCGCAACUGGAUAGUGCUUUAACUUUCAAGAUUAUUCAAAACUAUAGACGUAGAAAGUUGAUUGUGUAUUUUAACAUUUGGGCAAGCCUGGAUAAAGUACUCAAUAUAGAAUUUAACUUUGAAGAAUUUAAAGGUAUUUGGACUAUAUAUUUUUCGCCUACCUUGAAUCAGCCUAAAAAUAAGCCACCAAAGAAAACAGACUCUAUUCAAAAGCAGAAUCAAAAGAAGACUCCAAAUGUUACACAAAAAGUGGAUAACCAUAAUGAUAGACAGCUUAAGAAGGGGAAGUUCUUUGAAAAAAAAAAGCAAUCUACUUCAAAUAAUAAGAAUUUUGAUGGCAAUGAUAAACUUACAAUUUUAGCUGAAAUUCAGGUGUUGUUAAGAUCACUGGCCAACUGA